GCCUUUUUAUACUAUAUCUGUGGUUGUGCUUUGCUUGUUUGCUUGCAUUUCUAGGUAGUAUCGAUUGUUUUGUUUGCAAAUUUAUCGUGUAUUUACGAUUUUUUUCUUUACCAUCAGACCAUGUCAACUUGGUGUCAGAAUGAGGAUUUUCUGUGCCCUGGUGAUUUCCUGGAGUUGUUGUAUAAAAGCGAAAAUUUAAACGAACGAAAGCAGGAACAUGUCUCUAACGAGGCAGAGCAUCGCAAGAGAUUCCAGCAUAUUAUGGACAAACAAACCGCACAGUCUUCAUCAUCUCGCGACAGAUCUCGGUCACCAAUCAACUUCAGCUCAGAUUCCGCACCCGAUGGCGCGUUGGGGCGGGAUGAUCGCGAAAAUGACGCUUCAGAGGGCGAUGAUAGUACAUUUAUAGCACCUGAUGCCCACGCGUUAUAUGUGUCUCCCGAAACGCAUGACAGAAAUGCGGGCAGUCAGAGUAAAGUUAGUGAGGGUAGGGGUAGACGAAGGGGUGUUAGGGUUAGAGGUGUGCGCGGUACGAAUGCUCGUGGCCGUGGGAAUAGGGGUCGCAAAAACCAGUGGGAGGUUGGACAUCCGCUGACAGAAAUAUGGACGAACGAUAAGGAUGUUCCACGCGAACUGGUCAAUUUGGCGUUGGACGUUUUAAAGAGACGCAAGUUAGGAUUGCGCGAUACUCUAGCAUCUGAUAGAAAUUAUCGGGAAAGCGCCAGCGAGAGUGAUGACGAGGAAUUUGUUGAUGCCAAUGAUGCAGCAGACGGUGUUUUGUCUGAUUUUGAAUGGUGUCCUAUGGAUUCGUUUCAAGGGCGUGAAGAGGAGUUUAGGUAUGAACGUACUGGUCCGCUUAGUGUGUUCGCGUCGGCGUACGAAGCGUUUCGGACGUUUUGGAACGAUGAUAUUUUGAGUCUCAUCGUUAAUGAGACAAAUAAACAUGCCACGACAAUUGCGUCCGCCAAUUUUCAAACCGAAUGGGUGCCGACGAAUGAUCACGAAAUCAUGUGUCUCUUCGCUUUCUGGAUCAUGCUGGGGGUAGUCAGAAUGCCGACUAUUACCAGCUGUUUCUCUGUCGACCCCCUUCUGAAGACGGAAAUUUUCAGUCGUAUCUUUACGCGGAGGAGAUACGAAAUGUUGUGCAGAGCAUUGAAUUUUAUAGAGUCCGAAACGGCUUCGAAUAAGCCUAAUGUUUCCACUACUACUGAUGAUACAUCAGAUCCAUUAUACAGACUGAGACCGAUAAUGGCACAUUUGAAUUAUAGUUUCCAAACAAAUUAUGUUUUAAGCAAAGAUAUUUGCUUGGAUGAAAGUUCGAUCGUUCUCGAGGGGAGGUCGACAACAAAACAGCAUGUCGAGAGCAAACUCUCCAAGUUGGAAAUGAAGACGUACGAGGUCUGCGAAAGUGCCACUGGUUAUUUGUGGUCUUUUGCCGUUGACUCGGACAAGCAGCCCGCAUCAGAGCCGGACUCUGGCGAAGCUAACAGCACAUCCAUCGCGAAGAAGCUAAUCGGUCCAUUACUGAACAAAGGUUACAGAAUAUUCAUGGACAGUUGGCACAAUUCGCUGUCAUUGGCCAGAUAUUUGAAGCAAAACGGCACGGAUUGCGUCGGUGCUUUGAGACAGAACAGUAAAGAAAUCCCAGUGCUGAUAAAGAAGGCUCUGCUCAAGAAGGGACAGUUAAUCGCGAGACACUCGGGCGAUGUCACGGUACUGUCGUGGCGUGACGAAAAGCGUGUUACCAUGAUGUCGACCUGCCACGGUUCAGCCUGCGGAUUACCGACGGUUAUAUCUCGACCCACUACAAGACAAGUACCGUUCCAACCCCAAGUGGUCUUAGAUUACAAUAAAUCAAUGGAGGGCAUAGACUUGAAGGACCAAAUACUAGACUCCUAUCUGAUAGAGAAGAAGUGUUGUACGAAAUUGUACAUGAAGAUAUUUCAACUACUCAUAAAUUAUUCGAUUCACAACUGCCGCAUUCUGCUGCAGCUGUCCACGCAGACGCACAAAGAUCACUUGGCGUUUCGAUUGAAGUUAGUGGAUUCGAUCCUAACGGCUCACCUUAUGAAACGACCACAAAGUCGUCGGUAUACAACAUCAAGUAUAAGAGCCCCGCACGAAACGCCCGGCAGAUACGUUGCGUCUGCGCAUUGGCCGACUCUACUUGAUACGACAGAGAGUGCCGCUGCUAACAAGAGGAAAAUAUGGAAACGAUGCUUUGUGUGCCUGCGCGCGGGCAGGAAAGACCAAAGAACCUCGUAUUGUUGUGAGUCCUGUCAUGUGCCUCUUUGCGUACACAAUUGCUUUAAAGAGUACCAUACAGUGGAAAUUUUGUAAUGGUGCCGUAAAUAAAUAAAAUAUAUUAAUAAAUAUGACCACUCCGGUCCUAUGCUUUCCUAUGGAUGGCGGAAAAGGCGAAUGAGGGGAUAGUCUUUUAAACUUGGGAUUCUUCUUUUACGUUAGUCGAUGGGCUUGUUACGGCAAGAGAGUGUGGAACUCCUGGCAUUUAGUGUGUCAGCUUAAACCCCUCAGGUGCGCCCUUUCCGCCAUUUUGUGGACAUCAUGAGAUCACAGGGCAUUUCACCACAAACCGAACUUGGCCUAUCAGUAUUUUCAAGAUUGUUGGCACUGUCUACCCCGCGAGGGAUGAAGACUGUAUGUAUGUAAGAAAGAGGCGUCAACGUUCCUAAGUCACAGAACUUUCAUUUUGAAGUUGGUUAAUAAUAAGACUGCUUAACUUUUUUUUUUUAAUUAUGCAUUAUAAUUUAUUUUCCUCCACGCUUUAGUUAUAUUACGGCUGAUGAUAAAAUAAUAAGACUGUUUAAAUAAUAUUUUUAUUCCAUAUACCAUCAUAUUUUUGUAUAAUAAAUCGACGAUGAUGAUAAAAAUUCGUUAACCUAAACAACAGUUUUUAUGUACUAUAUGCAAAGACGUAGAAAAAAAGGCGUAGGAUGUAGUGUGGCUUGAAAAAGAAGUGAGGCAUCGCAAUGGCGGCAUUGUACGCAUGCGUGAGUGACAGAGAAUUUGAUAAUCUAUGAUGUAAUGGCGGCCGACUGUCACACUAUUGUUGAGAGAGAGUGCGUGAGACUUGUAUUUGUCACCGGCAAAUAACAAGAACCGCAAGGUUAUAGAAUAGAAUAGAAUUUGUUCCGCCGCUUCUUCUACACAUGCGCUUUGGAAGCGGUAGUAGUUAUAAUUAGAUUUAAGUUAUGUGACGUCAAUAAGUGAUACCUUGUAUCCAAUUUUGAAAAUAAAUCUAUUCUAUUCUAAUAUUUAUUUGCUUUUGACUCGGGUUUACAAAAGGUGUUAAACAAAAACAUAUAUUUCCUCCCGGUCAGCCAUUAAUUAUAGCAUGCUAAUUUUUAUAAAAUUACACAUAAAACACUUAAGUCAAAUUAAUUAAUUCUUAAUAAAAUUAUGAUAAUGUUAUGUCAAUUUGUUACAAUAAAUAAUAAAAAAUACUUCAUAGGUACUUGUCAAUAUUUACAUACAUACAUAAAAUCACGCCUCUUUCCCGGAGGGGUAGGCAGAUACUACCUCUUUCCACUUGCCACGAUCUCUGCAUAUUUCCUUCGCUUAUGAAUAAAUUAUUUUUUUUAAUCUAAAAUUGAGGAAUUCAUGGGACUACUACUACGACUAUAAACUUUCUAGGGAGUUUAUAAACUUUCGUAGGAUUCUGUACGAGUAAGUAAUUCGUAUCGUAUCGAUUUUUUUUUUAAACUAGACUUAUACAUUUAUUUUUAUUCACGUUUAGAAUCCUGCGAAUGUUUAUAAAUUUGCUAUGAACUUUAUGUACUUACGUUUCUGGUUAUUUUCCGGUGACACAGAUUUACAGUAGGAUAUUAGUGGUGCUUCAUUUUUGUCAGCUAGUUAAACUCCGUCCGCCUUUUCUUCUGCGUUUUGUUAUUAUUUGUAUAUUACAUAUUUGUUUUUCAGUAUUACAAUUAUUGUAAAAAAAUGCCCGGUUAUAAAAAUGUAAUGUUGUAAAUAUGUACCUACUUGAAUAAUUAUUGGUAAGUUUAUUAUAAGAUUCUAAGGUAUUUUUUGUAUCGAAUCUUAAGCAUAGAAAUAAUAAGUUGUUUUAAAUAAAAACAUAAGCAAUUUGUGUUCUUUUUU